AUGGUUGGCAAGAAAAAAGAAAAAAUUACCCCGUUAAAAGAUAAAGUUAUAUACACUGAAGAACAAUUACAAUACAAUUUAUACUUGGACGAUUUAAAAAAAGAGUUGUACGAAAACUUGGAUACUUUGGAACCUUCUUCUUUCAUUGGAAUUAAAGAGUUUGAAAAAGUAACAACGAUAGGAAUGGGGACUUACGGAAGAGUUGACUUGGUGAAGCACACCAAAAACAAAACUUUACACGCAAUGAAAAUAAUGUCCAAAUUAUACAUAAUGCAAACCCAACAGUUGCAGCAUGUGCUAUCGGAACGAAGACUUCUAUCUUGCAUAAACUUCCCCUUUAUAAUACACCACGAUUUUACUUUUAAAGACAACGAUUAUAUAUACUACGUAAUGCCGUUCAUCCCAGGCGGAGAUUUGUACCACCAACUCAAAAAAGAGGGCCCUUUUGGCGAAGAUUUAACCAAAUUCUACGCAGUGCAAAUUUACUUCGCAAUAGAGUUUCUGCACCAUUGCGAUAUAAUACACAGAGACGUAAAGUUGGAGAAUUUAUUGGUUUGUGCCAACGGCUACAUCAAGCUAACAGACUUGGGCUUCAGCAAAAUAAUCGUGGAUCGAACCUACACGUUUUGCGGAACCCCGGAGUAUUUAGCACCCGAGAUAAUCCUAGCCAAAGGUUACGGGAAGUCUGUGGACUGGUGGGCACUUGGAGUUCUCCUCUACGAAAUGACCGUUGGAAAAUCGCCCUUUGCUUCCACGCAAACCAUCAUUUGUCUGGAGAAGAUCGUCAAAUGUCGAUACUCCAAGGAAGAAAUCGAAUCCCCGGAACUACAAAACCUCAUCGACAAACUAAUUCAAGUAGACCUAAGCAAAAGACUUGGUAACCUGGUGAAUGGUUGUCUGGAUAUAAAAAACCACGCGUGGUUCAAGGAUAUCAGCUUUAAAGAUGUCAGCUUGCAAGUUUUUGAAUCGCCAAGGAAACCCACUGUACUGAAUGAAGAAGACACCAAAAAUUUUGACUCUUUUGAAGAUGUGUACAUGCCUUCGACAGAUUUAGUUCUAUACGAAUCUGAAUUCAGUCAAUUUUAGUU